AUGGAAGACCUGGUGAAGGCGUUUAGAAAAACCCUCGCCACCACCGCCAUUAAAUGUCUGCCACUACCCAAAGCCGCUAUCAAGAACUUUCUCUUCCAGGCCGGCCAGCAAGUUGAAGUUGUCCACGACACCUUCCCCUCGCUUACCAAAAUCAAGGCUUUGUCGCAAGGAACCAUGGGCGCAAGUGUGCAGAGCGAGGCUAGCAUGAUCGCCCCUCACGACAAUAACGAGUAUACCACCAAAGACGAGCGCAAAGCGUGGAAUAAGAUCCGCCAGUAG